AUGUUUAUAAAGGUCAUACUUCUUACAUUUUAUUUUUUUUCUUGUUAUAAAUGUGGAACGUUUAAGGAUUCCUCUUUUCAAUCACAUAAUAAUAGAUUUUUGCAAAGCAAAAUUAAUGUCCUUACAUGGCUAACGAAUGUAUUGUACCCUUCUGAGAAUCCUAAAUAUUUUAAAAAGCACUUAAAUUAUAGAGGCUGUCGUGAAUAUUUUUUGAAACCAUCCUAUGAGCCCAUUAAUUUGAAUGACGGAUGGCUACAGACUGAUAAUUGGGUUAUUCAUAAUGAGGAAGCUAUCAUAGAAUAUACGGCAAAAGAUAGCUGUCGGGAACCUAAUCAUCCAUUUCCUUUCGGAUGGUUAGACAAUAGAAUGUCAACAAGAACGUCUUUAAUAAAGAAAGACUUUUUUUGUAAGAAAACCAUAGCUCAGUUAGAAGUACAAAUGAAUGAUGCUCAAAGUUGUGGUUUUAUAUUUCGUAUUCUUGGUGAACGUAAUUACUGGUCUUUAAUGAUUGACAACAAAGUGUUGAAAUUAGCUCAUAUUAAAGAUGGUGAAUUAAUAAUUCUAAAAGAAUUUAAGGACUUAAAAAUAAAAAACGAUCAAUGGUAUGUAUUAUUUGUUCAAGAAAUAUUGAAAGAUAUCAAAAUUAAAGCAGGAAUAUAUGGAGACUUAUCCGUUGAAUAUUUACGAAAAAGUGAUGACGAAACAGAUUAUAAUGAGAACAAGCAGGGAGCUGUUGGUUUAAUAGCUAAUAAAGGAAGAUGCAAAUUCAGGAAUAUUAUAAUGAGGGGUAAGAAAUGGAGUAAUGAAUAUGAAAAGAUUAAAAAAAAGAAUCAAGGAUCUUUAUUAUAUAACAUUGAGGAAAUUGAAAAAUUAUAUGACAAUACGAAAGAUUGGUGUCCCAAUGCAGCUUUAUGUUCCAAGAAAAAGUACGAAUUAAAUGACUCUUAA